AUGUCAGAAAUAACUUCGAAUUAACCUCAGCUUGAGUCUCAAUUCCUUUAUGAAUUAGUAAAUCAGCAACAACCAUAAUCGAAUGUCCAAAAUCAACAAUCUCAACAUGCAAAUAUUGAUCCACCUAUUAAAUUAACACAUGAUCAAUUAUAAUAAACUAACAAUCUUGAUCAUAUAAUAUAAUUACUUAUCUAAGAAGACAAUUAAGAUCCCUAAGAUUAAAAUCAUCAUUCAUCUCCAUAACCAAUUCAAAAUUAAGAACAUUAACAACCAGAAGACUUAAUCCUAUCUCAUAGAUAAGAUAUCAAUUCUUAAGUCAUUUUGGCUGCAUUAGAAAGUAAUGAUGAAGAUAAAAAAAGUUAAGAAGCAGAUUGCAAAUUACUCUAUAAAAAAUAAAGAUAAACUUCUAUUAUUAUUGAUGAUGAUGAUAUUUAAGAUGACCUAACUAAUUCUAAAAAGACAACUAAGAAUGAAAAAAAUAAUGUUCCUCCUCCUUAAUAAGAUCCUUUACCAAUUACAUAGAAUGUAUCAGAAAAAUAAGAAGUUGUCUUACCUCCACCUUCUUAGAGAUCAUCAGAAGAUGUACCAUAACUUGAAAUCUAGAAACCCUUUGAAGACAAACCAUCUACACUUGAACACAUAACAAAACCUGAACCUGCAUUGAAGAAAUAAUAAAAAGAGUUUUUCUCAUUUACACAACCAAUAACAACAACAACUUCAUCCUAAAAAAAGAAUAAGAAUCCUAUUGUUAUUGAUUCUGAUGAUGAAUUACCAUAACCACAAACUUCAAAUAUUAGCAUUUUAAAAUAAAAGAUCGAAGACACUACUCCUUCUUCAUUUUUCAGAAAAAAAACUACUGAAAACUAACCACCUAUUGAAAUAGGAGAAAAUGACAAUUUUUAAUCUAAUCAAAUAGAUAAAUAACAAAAAAUAACUUAAUUAUUAUAACAACCUAUUCCUCCUCCAUAAAAUAAACCAUUAAAUUAAUAACAGAGAAAACAUUAAGCCUUAUUGGAAGAAAUAGUUUAAGAAGAUGAUGGUAUAGUAUAGGAUAUAGAAAAUCAAGAUUGGACUCUAUUUACUCAAUUAAAUAAUAUGAUAGCUCCUAAGUUUUCAGGGUAAUUUAGAAUGUUGGAAUAUAAAGACAAUACACAAGAUAUGAUAAGACUCUUGUUCGGAGAAACUAGAUUCAAAGAACUAAUGAAAACUUGUCAAACUAAUGAAUCUGAAUUCUGGUUAUAUUUGGGAACCAAAUUAAUCAUGGGUUAUAUGAGAUUGCCAGAUAUUAAUGAGUAUUUCUAUGGAGAAGAUUGGAUUGCAGGUGGUGGUAUUAAAUCUAUAAUAACAUAAUAAUAAUUUGAAGAUAUUGAUUAGAGAGUGGAAAUUAUAUAACCAAAAUUAUAGACAGAAUCUUAAUUAGCAGUUAAAUUGGAAUUCAAUGCUUAAACUUUCUUUAGAUAAGAAUAUCUACCUUAAUUUACAUAGGAAUUAAAUGAUAGAUUUAAGAAAUUGAUAUUGCCAGGUUAGGAACUAUUCUUAAUAUCAAAUUUUUAUACUCUCAUUUAUUCAACAAAAAUACAAUGGUAUCAAUUAAUAGAUAAAGAAUCUGGAAUAAUUUUGUAAUAAUUUUUUUGGGCAACUCCAAUGAAUAAGACAUUAGAUCUGAAUAAUCAUAGAGAUUUGUAAAAACGAUUAAGAAUGAUGUUUGAACCUUAUCAUCUUGGAAGACACAUUGUUUAUAGUUAAGGAUUACUCAAUGCUGAAUCAGUCUUACAAUUAUACUAAUAGAAAAUAUUUGUUUGCACUGAUCUUAUGUAACAUUCAUUAUUACCACAUCCACCUACAGGAGAUCAAUAAGUAUUUUAUUCUUCUAAAAAUAAAGAACCUAUUUAUUUAUGUUAUAAAAAUUAACAAUGGAGUACUUGUGUUUCAAUACAAUCCUUAUAAUAAAGAAAUUAAUAUUUAUAAGAAUUGUCCCAAAUGUAAUUUGCUGAAGAGAAAAUAGCUAUCUAACCAUCUGAACCUGAAAAUACUUCAAUCAAUUCAACUUAAAAAAUCAUAUUUAUUUUUGUUAUCGAAUCCAUCUUACAUAACAUUAGAAUCCUAAAAAAAUAAGAAAUUAAGUCUUUCAAAACUGAAUUAGCUCUAUAAUUAAUUAACAAAAUUAUUGAUUAUAAGAAUCCUAAACCUUUAUUAAGAAAAGAUGGUUCACUUUAAGUUGAUAGAUCUUGUCAAACAGAUUAAACAGUUGGUAUAGUUAAUGAUCAAUUAUAUCAUUGUCCAAUACAUAACGGAAAUGCAAGAUGUUAAGUGUGUUUGAGUAAGAGUAUAUUAUCCAAAACUACUGCUUCAUGUUUAGGAUGUAAUAAAGUUUUAGGUACAAAUAUAUUUCUUUGCAUUUAUCCUUGUUUUCGAUUGUUUCAUCUCAAUCCUAAACUAUAUCUAAAAGAAGGUAUGUACUAUUAAAUUGUUUGUGGAUAUGAUUAAUAUGAUUAAGAUUAAGAAGAUGAAGAAGUCGAUUAACAAUUUCUAGAUGCUAAUUUGAGAUUUAAACCAGAUACUUCAGAAUUAGAUUCUAUUUAUGCUAAAUCAUAUUAGGAUUUCAAGAAUAUGAUACCUAUUAAUUAUGAAGAUAAUUAUCAUAAGAAAACUACAAUUGUUGUUAUAUAAAGAGAAAAAGGUGGAAAUCGUAGAGGAGGUGGUAGAACCAAAGCAUCUAGAUAGUAAUAAUAAUCAAUAUAAAAUUAAGGUGCAUAAGGUAAUAAUUUUUAAUUUAAUUUUAUUAGCUGAAUAAGGUAAUUAGGGUGAUACUUAAGAUACACCAAAAAAAGUAAGAAAAUAGAAUAAGAAAUCAAUUAAUACACCACAAUAAUAAGGAUAAACUGAAAAAGAGACCGAUUAAGCUAGUAAUGCAAUGUUUGACUUUUUCAGUUAAGUGAGAAAAUAGGCUUAUAAGAAAUAAUCAUAAUCAUGA